AUGAAGAUGCCAAAGUUAACAACGUGGUUCAUGGUUCAGACGGUGCUGGACAGCAUGGCUAAGAUGCAGAGCAAGAACACUAUUGGAGAUGGAAGAAGGUUAACAGAGUUAGCUUGGCGGAGGAAUGGAGAUCAAGAACUGUACAACUGGGGAAGCUCUGUGGAUCAAAACCUCGAUGAGUUUAAGGCAUGUAUUGGGUUUGGUUUUGGAUUUGAUUCUCCAAAUUUGGUUCGCAAGCUUUUCGAUACUUUGCCAACUUUGGAUCUCUACUAUGCCGUCAACAAGCAAUAUAGUGAUAGCAUUUCGAAGUCAUCGUCUUCAGCUACACCUUCAAAGUGCGAUCCGUCAUCUCCUCCUAGAAGUCCUCACACUAUCUUCAGCCCUGGUGUCGAUCCUCGGAUAGUGAAGGCGAGAUUGAAGCAAUGGGCACAGGUCGUUGCUUGUUCGCUGUGGCAACCUUCUCAUUGA